UGCGCCGAGACUUUCUCUUCCGUGCGUACGUUCAUGCACGUCGCUGCCUUCAGGGUGAAGUUUAUAUAAGGUCUUUAGAUGUAACGUCCUUUUUUCAAGAAACGUCAAGUUUGAAACAUUACAGAGGAAAUUCAAAUUGUGGAGAACACAAGCGCGCAAAACGACACAAAAUUCCAUAUCGAGGCCAUGUGAUUUUCUAAAGAUUUCUUCAACUCCAGUCUCCUACGCCAUACUGUCGUGCCUGUGUAAUGUAGGCCGGUGUUGGACCGCGGAGCUGACCGACUGACGGAGUGAAGGUGAGUGCUGGACUUCGCGCUAGUCUGGACUGCAGCAGCGUCCAGUGCAGGGGGUUCUAUCCAGGAAAUGCAGUCUGUCCUCAGGCUCGCUGCAGUGGCGGUCCCUAUGGGUUUGCUGCUAUCUAGAACAAUGGCAUGGAUAUCUAGUGGCAGAACACAUCCAGAGCUUAUAAGCCGUUUGCAAGAACAUGGAGUUAUCCGUAGUGAUCGAGUGUUUGAAGCCAUGCUUGCCACUGAUCGGGGGAUUUAUUCCAAAGACUACCCCUAUGCAGAUUCUCCUCAGUACAUAGGUUACAAGGCCACCAUCAGUGCUCCUCAUAUGCAUGCACAUGCAUUGGAGAUUCUCAGUGACAAGUUAACUGAAGGGGCGUCAGCGCUGGAUGUUGGUUCAGGGAGUGGUUAUCUCACAGCUUGCUUUGCAAGAAUGGUAGGACCCACUGGAAAAGUGGUGGGAAUUGAGCACAUAGAUGAACUAGUGCAAGCCUCAGUGAAAAAUGUCCAAGCUGAUGACUCAGAGUUGCUGACCUCUGGGCGGAUCAAGUUAGUGGUGGGUGAUGGCCGGUUAGGUUAUCCAGAUGGGGCUCCUUACGAUGCCAUUCAUGUUGGUGCAGCAGCACCAACAAUCCCCAAAGCGCUUCUGGAACAGCUGAAACCAGGUGGAAGACUGGUUCUGCCUGUAGGUCCAGAGGGUGGAAGCCAGGUUUUGGAGCAAUAUGAUCGCCAGAGUGAUGGCACCUUCCUUAAGAAAGCACUCAUGGGUGUGGUCUACGUUCCACUGACAGACAAACACCACCAGUGGCCAGGGAGGUGGCUCUGGUGUUGCUGUGCGGCGAACACUUAGGAAAGAGUGCAGGCCUCUCCUCUCCUCUUCUAAACCUGCUGCUUAGCAACACAUCUGCCAGCCCUGUUCAUCCUGUCCUGCCAUCCUGUUUACUGACUAAAAACAGAACUUCAGUCAACCAUUGACAGAUGUUCCCAAAACUGUUCUUAAUUGAUAUUUAAAUGGUUUUGUUCUAGUCUUUAUAAACUGAGUGAUGGAAGACAUUUUCCUAAGCUAAUCACUGACAAGAAUUAUCUAGAGAAUUAACCCAUUAAAGUCCAUAUCGGAAGUGUUACAUUUCCUUUGGUCCUUAUGUUCUUUUGUCUGAGCACAAAUGCUAUACUCCAUCAGCUACUCUGGCUGUCUGCCUCAUAGAGAACGAGGCACUUCAGCUUCUCAAGUUUAAAGCUCUACACAGCCCUGCCUCCUUGCACACCAUCUCACACUCCCAGGUCCACCCGUACUGGUCUACUGAAGGUCCCUAAGACCAAACUGACUGAUCAGUGUGGACCAGAAUAUUUCUUUCCGAGGCUCACAGACUGGAAUUCCUUCCUUCAACACCUCUAUGACUGUUCUUUCUUGAUAUCUGAUUAAACUUUUUAUAAAACUUU